UUGAUCUGCAGCAACCCUGACAGGGGGUGAUGUCCAGGACGUCAAAUUGCAGACACCAGAGAGGGGAAACUGAUGGUUGGUUGUUUUUGCUGAAUCUUGGUCAUUUGUGUAUUUUGGGGCAAGGAAUUGUUUUCUUUUGGAGGUCUAUAAGGGCACCAGAAGCCCAGUGACUUCUAGAGAUGGACUUGGGCAGGACAAAGCCCCUAACCCAAUGUGCUCAUACAUUGUAUUUUUACCCAAAGCAGGAUUUCUCAUUCCCAAACCUUGGCCAGAUGGAGAACAAGGCUGCAAGGAAGAGAAAGCUGUCCCGGGAAAGCCAGGCAGGUGAGGAGGAAGUCACUGUCCCUUUCCCCCUCUCCCCUGCUCCAUCUCCCAGCCCACCAUGGCCUCCGGCUGCAGGACAACCCCGCUGCCGACGCCGUCCUGCUGGGGCUGCACUGGGGGGAUCUCCUUCCCCUUCCCUCUGGCACAGAGGCAAAUCCCAUCCUGUCCUUGUCCUUCCUCUCCCAGAGAAGGAGCUGAGGAUGGAGACCAGGGAGGACAAAUCCCCGCAGCAGAACCUCAUGGAAGAGGCCAUUGUGAGUGACUCCACAGUGCAGGCAUCCAACCGGAAGAAAAAGCCCAGGAGAUCCCUCAGGAGGAGGGGCUCCAAACCCAUCCCAGGGUGCUCCAAGGAGGAAAGACCCACCCUGUUCCAAGGAGGUGGACAGAGCUUCAGCCAGGGCUCUGGGCUGGUGGUCCAUGAGGAGCUUCACAAUGGGGAGAAACCCUACAAGUGCUUGGAGUGUGGGAAGGGCUUCAGGAGGAGCAACAGCCUGAUCCAGCACCAAAUGAUCCACAUUGGGGAAUGGUCCUUUGAGUGUGGGGAAUGUGGGAAGGGCUUCAGCUGCAACUCCCUCCUGAUCCGCCACCAGAGGUCCUACACCGGGGAGAGGCCCUUCUGGUGCCCCGAGUGUGGAAAGGGCUUCAAGAGAAUCUCCCACCUCAAAACCUACCGGCACAUCCACACCAGAGAGAGGCCCCAUGAGUGUGGAGCAUGUGGGAUGAGCUUCAGCCAGAGCUCCAACCUGAUCUGCCACCAGAGGAUCCACACCAGGGAACGACCCCAUGGGUGUGGGCAAUGUGGGAAGAGCUUCAGCCGGCGCUCCAGCCUCAUCUGCCACCAGAAUAUCCACGCUGAGGAAAGGCCAUAUAGGUGUGGGGAAUGUGGGAAGGGCUUCAACCAGAGGUCCCAACUGAUCACCCACCAAAUGAUCCACACUGGGGAGAGGCCCUAUGAGUGUCCCCAGUGUGGAAAGAUCUUUCAGACCAGCUCCACUCUCCUCAUGCACCAGCGCAUUCACACAGGUGAGAGGCCAUUCCGCUGUCCCGACUGUGGGAAGGGUUUCAAGCACAACUCCAACCUCAUCAGGCACCGGCGCAUCCACACUGGGGAGAGGCCCUACAAGUGUCCCCAGUGUGGGAAGAGCUUCACCCAGAGCUCUAACUUGACCCAACACCUACGGAGGCACCGGUGAGGGAAGCCCUGCGAGUGCCCUGGCUGUGGGAAGAGCUUCAUGUGCUUCAUCUGCUCACCCGCCAUCAGAGGACCCACAUUGGGAAGAGCCCUGCUGACUCACAUUUCGUGUGAUCCAUGCUGGGUAGACACCUGUUCCUCUCCCUGCCCCUGGCAAUAAUGUGAGGUGGGAUUGAAGAGCGUGAUGGUCUGGCCAUGGCCCUGUGACUGUGUUUGAUCCCAUCUCAGGUCAUUUCCAGGGGCAGGAAAAGAACUCUCUCUCUCCCCCAAGAAGAAGGGUCUCCUUUCCAGAAAGAAGGAAAUAAGUGGGAAGGAAGAACCAGUUGUUUUUGUUGUUGUAGUUUUGCCUGUAUAUUGUUUGUCUUACCCUUCUGUUUAUCAAUAUUGUUUCUGUUCCUAUUUGUUCCUUAUCUUG